AUCUCAAGCUUGUCCGAUUUGGCUUCAGCCAAUCACAGAUCCCCUUCCAGACGAUGCCAGAUCAUUAAAGCAUGCUUGUUGUUGACUCUCUGAAACCCGGGAGCCGAGGUCGAGGUGCAGGAUGGCACUUGCACUAUUAAACAUCAUGUUGGUCGUCCUCCCCAUGGCACAAUGUUACCCGACUCUCUUUCAAGACCUACCGCAGGGGAGCAAGAACAGGUCUUCUAUCAAGUUCCUGGCGGUCGGGGACUGGGGGGGCGUGCCCUACCCGCCCUACGUGACCCCCGUGGAACAGACCACCGCUCGGGAGAUGGGGAAGAUCGCCAAGCAGAUGGGAGCCGACUUCGUUCUGGCCCUCGGCGAUAACUUCUACUACACCGGCGUUGACAGUGUGGACUCUCCUCGGUUUCAUGACACGUUUGAGUCUGUGUUCACCGCCAAGUCUCUAAACAUCCCCUGGUACGUCCUGGCCGGCAAUCACGACCACGCCGGAGACGUCAGAGCCCAGAUCGACUACAGCCGCAAGUCCAGCAGAUGGCGCUUCCCCUACUUCUACUACGAGCUCAACUUCCGCAUCCCCUCCACGGACAAGACGCUGGCCAUCAUCAUGCUGGACACUGUGAUGCUGUGCGGGAACUCGGACGACUUCGUGGACGAGAAGCCCCAGCGGCCGCUGAGCGCCAUGGACGCCGGCCGGCAGCUGACCUGGCUGAAGGCCCGGAUGAAGAAGUCCAGGGCGGACUUCCUGCUGGUGGCCGGACACUACCCGGUGUGGUCGGUGUCGGAGCACGGCCCCACCGAGUGCCUGCUGAAGCUGCUGCGCCCCCUGCUGGUCAAGCACAACGCCACCGCCUACUUCUGCGGCCACGACCAUAACCUGCAGUACAUCGUGGAGAGCGACGUGGGCUACGUGGUCAGCGGCGCCGGUAACUUCCUGGACCCGGACGUCCGCCACUGGCACCACGUCCCCAGGGGCGCGCUGCGGUUCUUCACCGGGGAGGCGUCCACGCUGGGGGGCUUCGUCCACGGGGAGGUCUCGGAGGACCAGAUGGUGUUGACCUUCUUCCAGGCCAAGGGCACCUCGCUGUACCGCACGGUGCUGCCCCGACGGGACCUGGACUAGGCAGGGACGGGACCUGGACUAGACUAGACUAGGCAGGGACGGGACCUGGACUAGGCUAGGACGGGACCUGUAUUAGACUAGGCACGGGACAGGGUAGCUCCCGGGACCUGGAGUGGUCUUGUUGGAGUGGUCUUGUGGUUAUGGUGGAGAACCCCGGUACUCUACAGCCUUGGAAAUCUAAUCGCAGACUUUGCCAUCUAUGUAUCCUAGCUACUUGUAUCUGGUUUUAAUACAGAAUUGUUGUAACUACGAAGAGAAAAUGUAAAUUUUUAGAAUGAUUUUAAUGUAUUGAUAAUAAAAUAUGGAAUAUGUACUGUA